GCAGUGGGCGGGGCCCGCCGCAGAGAGGGCAGUGCCGGCCGAGAGUCCUUUGCGUGCGGCUGCCGCGGCGCUUCCACAGACUCUCUGACAGCCCCGGCGGUCGGACCCGAGACCCUCGCUAGCCACGCGCAGCCGCCGCGGCCUCCUCCGCUGCCUGAGAAGCGGCCAAGCGCGCCCGACUCCCGGCCCUCGCCGCCGCGCCCACCGCUGCCGGCAGCCCGGCCCGCCGUUUCUGCGGAGGCCGCAUCUGGCGCGCAUCUGGAACCGCCCGGCCCGCCGCGCUGGAGCCCGCGCCCGCCCUAGCCCGGCCGCGCCGGGAGCCCUGCCCGGAGCUGGAGCCGCACCUGGAGCCCCGGGCCCGGGGCCCUGAGCCGCGCAGUCGGCGCAUGAUGAACUCCCUGCUGUUCGGAGAGAUGGCCUUGGCCUUCGGCUGCCCGCCCGGCAGCGGCGGCGGCGGGGGCUGCCCCGGCGCCGGUGGCGGCGGCGGCGGGGCCGGGCCGGGGCCAUCGCCGGUGACGGCAGCGCUACGGGACGACCUAGGCUCCAACAUCCACCUCCUGAAGGGGCUCAACGUGCGCUUCCGCUGCUUCCUGGCUAAGGUGCACGAGCUGGAGCGGCGCAACCGGCUGCUGGAGAAGCAACUGGAGCAGCAGCAGAGCGAGCGUGAGCGGCGGCUGCGCUACAAGACCUUCUCCCGCGAGCAGGCCGUGCAGACCGGGCCCGAGCUGCUGCUGCCACCCGCGCUCGGCGGCGGGCACGGCGGCGGGCACGGCAGCGGCGCGGCGGCCGGCGUCAACGCCAACGCCGUGGCCCUGGGCGGCCUGCCCCCCGGCGGCGGCUCGCACCCGCAGCACUACGGCCGCCUGCCCGGGACCAUCUGGAGCUACACGCAGGUGCGGCGCACCGGCGGCGGCGGCGUGGAGACCGUGCAGGGUCCCGGCGUGUCGUGGGUGCACCCCGACGGCGUGGGUGUGCAAAUCGACACCAUAACGCCAGAGAUCCGUGCGCUCUACAACGUGCUGGCCAAGGUGAAGCGCGAGCGCGACGAGUACAAGCGGAGAUGGGAGGAGGAGCUUGCCAAGUGCAUGAACCUGCAGACCAUGGUGGACACGCUGCAGGAGGCAGCGCAGGAGGCUGAGGCCAUCCAGGAGGAGAUGAACGAGAAGAUCGAGCGGCUCAAGGCUGAGCUGGUGGUGUUUAAGGGGCUCAUGAGUGACCCCAUGACAGACCUGGACACAAAGAUCCAAGAAAAGGCCAUGAAAGUGGACAUGGACAUCUGCCGCCGAAUCGAUAUCACGGCCAAGCUGUGCGAUGUCGCACAGCAGCGGAACUCGGAGGACGUGUCCAAGAUCUUCCAGGUGGUCCCCAAAAAGAAAGAGCGUAAGGUGGCUUCUGACGAUGACAUCUCCGAGCAGGACGGAGAGGUGAACCGGUUCUCAGACGAAGAGGUGGGCUCCAUGAACAUCACGGACGAGAUGAAACGCAUGUUUAACCAGCUGCGGGAGACUUUUGAUUUUGACGACGACUGUGACAGCCUGACGUGGGAAGAGAAUGAAGACACACUGCUGCUCUGGGAGGAUUUCACCAACUGCAACCCAUCCAUUGACCUGCAGGGCGAGCAAGAAGAAAACUUGGGCAACUUGAUCCACGAGACUGAAUCCUUCUUCAAGACGAGAGACAAGGAGUACCAGGAAACAAUAGGGCAGAUUGAGCUGGAGCUGGCCACAGCCAAGAGCGACAUGAACCGACACUUGCAUGAGUACAUGGAGAUGUGCAGCAUGAAGCGUGGCUUGGACGUGCAGAUGGAGACCUGCCGCCGGCUCAUCAAAGGCUCUGCAGACAGGAAUUCACCGUCCCCCAGCUCCGUGGCCAGCAGUGACUCAGGAAGUACAGACGAGAUCCAGGAUGAAUUUGAGAGGGAGGCGGAUGUGGAGCCCAUGGUCAGCUGAUGACUGAGGGGCCCAUGUGCCUGGGGGUCUUGGUGAUGGGGCUUCUGCCUCCUCCCCCCAUGGGGCCAGGAAGGCCCCUCAGAGUGGGCUCACGUCCUCACCGUACAGGCCUCCUAUGCCCUCCCUUCUCUGGAGGACCCGAGGGACUGCUGCUUCCUUCCUUCCUUCCACACCACCCACCACCAACCAGUGCCCCCUCUCCAUCCACCCACCCAAGGAAUGGUGCUGUCAAUUUCUAUUGUUCUCCACAUUACAAAGGCAGACUUCUGUCCAGAUGAUGCAGUGUUAACUGUGCCUUUUCCCUUAAGCUGAGCCACUUUGAGCUCCAAAGAAUUACUCCUAGCAGGUGUUUUUAUACAAAACUCUAAGGUGAGGGCAGGGGUCCUGGGCAUGGUAUAAUGUGGUUUUCUACCCUCCCACCUGCUCCUCUGAUUGGCCGUGAGCUCUGCCUUCCCUUCCUCUACCUGCCAGCGCUGACCAAGCUGGGGCUUGGGGGAAUCUACUUCCUCCCAGGAAGGAGCUGUUUGCCUCUGCAACCUUUCCAGCCCUAGGUGGGGACCUCCCACAUGUUUCUCACUCACUGAAAGAGAGAAGGAUGGCAAGAGGGAGGGAAGACAAUUUUUUAUUUUCUUUUUGGAUCGAGUGGCAAAGUGGAGGGACAAGGCACUGUGGGGGAGGGUGGCACCUCACUGUGUUUAAACUACUAUGCAAAAAACAAAAUUAACAAAAACAAACAAAAAAAAAGCAGCUUGCCUUAUUUUAUUUGGAAGGUAGGCCCCUCCUGGACCCCUGGUUUCUCUCCUGGAGCUGGGAGGGAGGUGGAAUCUCUUACAGACUCCAAGGAGCAGCACUGGCUUGGGAGGGGGUUUGGUCAAGGCUGGUAGUGAGGCCUGGGUUCCCGCAAGGCCCUCGGCCCACCAGCCUGCUUCCUUGCUUUGGGACCUCUGUGGGUUGGGGGCUGGUAGUGUUCUUUAUUGCCCUGAUGACUUGAUGCGCUCCCUGCCCUCUCCAGCCAACUCCAGGGGUUAGAGGUCUGUAAUUUCUCUGUGAGAAAGCCUGAAGGGGGCCAGGCCGCCAUCUUGGUUCUUUGCUGUCCCCAGGUCACCUGCUGUUUGGCCACAGGCAGGAAAGUGGUAUUGGAAAGGGAAGGGAAGGGAGACAGUGAGGGCCGCUGGUACUUCGGAGGUGGUGAGAUGAGGGGCUCGAGUGAGGACCAUCUUUGGUUAUCCUCACAGACAUAUACAAGCCCCUCCUUUCCAUAAUCCACUUGACUGACCAGUUGGGGAGUUAAUCUCAGCCAGUAUCUCCCCAACAUUGGAGUGAAUUGAAGGGUGUCGUAUUGAGUGUUGAGACCACCCACCAAAUCUCAGCUUGGAGCAGCAGGGCAGGGAUUUUUUUUUUUUUUUUUUUUUUUUUAAUUUCUUUUUGUACUCAGUAGUGUGGCGUGAUAGCCAAUUUUUGUUUUUGUUGACCCAGGAGCUCCCCCUGGAGGUCAAAGGAGCAAAAUGUGCCCAAGGACCAGCGCUCCUUACUCCAUUUCCUAUUAGGAGGAAGGUGAGGGGUCUCUGGCUUUGAGGAGGAUUGUGGUCCCCUGUCUUUCCUUCCCUGGGUACCAGCGACCGUAAAUGGCCUUCUCUCUUUUCUGUUCCCGCACCUGUUUUGCAGUCUUAAAGUCAUUGUACAUAAUAUUCAUAUAAUAUAUAUAUAUAUGUUGAGAGCGUGUAGCGAUUGUGUGUAAUUUAUCAGAACUUGGUAACUU